CACGAGCACACCUGGCAGCGCCGUCUGUCCCAUCCCAUUACCUUUCGCCGCGCGUGCUGGCGCCAGCUAGUCUGCCACACUGCGCCGAAGGUCGCCCCAGGCUCUGACUCGGCUGCCCCUCGCAGCUCUUAGUGCUGUCCUCAACCCCGCAUUCUGCGCAGUACCUACACGUCGUAGUCGAUCUGCACGCCACCUUCGCCAGAGCGUUGGUAGGCAAACGACACCUGAAUAGUGUCAGACACGGAUCAACUGUAGGCCGUCGACAAAAUAAUAUUGAGGGCUAGAGGUUUACGUUGUUAGUUGUACUCUCCAUGGCCUGCGUCAGCGCCAUCAACAACAACAACGUCGUCGUUGGUGGUGCAGUCUCAGAUUGCGACAACAUGAACGGAGUCACCGUCAGCGCCACCAAGCCGGGCUCGAAGCCGGAGACGGCGUACACUCGCGGCCAGGCCACGCUAUUCGGCUUCAAGAGGCGCCCGCUGCCCGCCGCCGCCAGCACACCCGCCGCUCCGCCGGACAACAGCGCGCCGCUCAGCAACGGCUCCUCCCAGGAAUCACUGACUGCUAUAAGUCCUAUCCAGUCCGGCAGAUCAACUCCUCGCUUGCCACGUCCGAAGAGGGAUAUUGACGGCAAUCAAACUGUAAGCAGUGGAUCCGCAUCACUGAGGCCAAACCGCUUUGGAUUCAGAGGGCCCUCUCUCACCAACAAGGUUGCAGACGUCAACCGUGACAUUCCCAUUGUAUCACCCAUCACUACUAACAGCCAUACAACUAGCAGCAACAACAAUAACAACAACAAUAAUAACAGCAACAUUAAUAACAACAACAGUGGCACUGUUGAAACAGAUAGCCAAGGAAGUGAGAAACCUAGGUCCAAAGGAGGAGGGCGAAAUCCACAGUCUGGUAUACCAAGACCGAAGGAAGCAGUAAGCAGUAUACCAGUGCCUGACAGCAACAGACAAGUAAAGCGAUCAGCCAUUCCACAGCCAAAUAAUGCUACAUGUGCUACACGCUUCACUCUGCAGACAACUCUCUUACCAAAACCUCAGUACCCUGUCAGGCUGACGUCUGUGGAUGCCGAGGAAACGGAGUCCCUUGCUCCUUCAAAGAAUGCCAAGACGGCAGCCAAUAAGAAGAGAGCAGGUCGUAUGGGCUCUGGAUCCUCUGGCAGCCGAGAGGAUGGCUCUGAUUCAGGGAUUGGUAUAGGAAAUGGAGAUUCUGACACACUACAUGGCAUCGAGCAGCUGGAACGCAGUCCUAGUGCUGGUCUUCGCAGGAAAGCUCGUCACCUUGAAGUAGUCUUAGGCAACAACAAGAGCUUUGAUGUCAGAGAUAUAACAGACAAAGAUAAAGAUGAAGAAGAUGAUGGACAGACAGUUAUUACUGAAAUAUCAGUCAUCUCACUGCCCAAAACAAACUACCAUACCGCAUCUAACAAAAAGGCUGUUACUACCAGCGGGAUCAGGAGGCCGAUCAGAUAUCAGGGGUCAGGUAUACCGGCUUACGGUAAUGUGGGCUGCAGAACAGCUGAUGAAAGUUCUAUUGCAACAAACAGUGUCUCCUCUCCAUCUUCAGAGGAACACCGAGAUGAUGAUAGCUGUAGUUUGGACACAGAAGAGGCAAAAGUAUUUGACGACAGGGCACAAAAUGAGAAGUCUGCUCGUGACCUGCUGAGUGUUGGUGGAGGCCCAGAGGAAGAUUUGUGGGGUCAUGGUGAGGCAAUGGCAGAGGGGUACAGUAGUUCAGAAGGGGGUGAUGAUUGCCCUGUGUCAAUAUCUGCCACUGAUAACACCAACAGUUCAGAUGAUCUGUCUGUCAGUCGCUUAGCUGCACGUCAUCACAACUUGCACCAUGCUAGGCCAGCAGGUUAUGAGCCAAACAAGCGCGUAACCAUCGAGGACACUUUAUUCGCUGCAAUAGCAGCGUCCUCUUCUGCAACACUAAUUGAGGAUGAGCGAAGCCCAGCUGAUAGUAUGAUAAGCAGUGGUUCAGCUAGUUCAGAGGCUUCAGAAGAUGUGUCAGAGUGUUUGGAUACACACAGCUUAGUACAGGAAUCAGAUCAUGUUGACUCUCAAGAAAAGGAUGCAGAUGGAUCACAGAAAAUUAUAGAACGGCCAAGUUCAGUGGCAGUGACAUCCCACCCCCAUUCUCGUGAAGUUGCAAGCCCCUUAAGUCCGGGAACACCUACCAAUGCUUCGAACUCUCUUUCACUUUCUGAAGGGCGAGAUUUUCUGAUUGAUGAUGAAAUUGCUGACCAACCUGGUCUGACAUUUGGUGGUAGUGGCACUGCUGGCAGUGCAGCUGUUGCGGACCUCACCUCCUCAUCAGCAGGUUGCAGUAGCCUCCUGCUGUCAGUCACGGAAAACACUACCACACUGGUUGAUUCCAGUCCUCGACCAGCAGUCAGACAGCACAUUGCAUCUCUAUCAGCGGAGGGAAGUCCAGGUCCGAAACGAGGUCGCCGAUUAAGCAGGGCUGGGUCAGUUGACACACUAUCUCCCUGUGAGAGCAUUGCAUCAGAUGAUCUCAUGCUGGACUAUGAACAGAGCGAAGGGAGCAUGUUUGACUGUACAGCAGAAAGCCGGCUUGAUGGAUCACUGGGUGGUCUCCAGUCCACUGGUGAUAAUGUGCAUGGGGAUUCUGAGGCGGACUCCUGCAAGUUAAACUCUAUUGGGGAAUGGUCAUCUGUGCUUAGAGCCAGCAUGAAGGAGGCUGCGUUGGUGGCGGGACGUCCAUCACGCGCCCUGAGAUCUCGUACAGGGAGCACACCGACACCAACUCCUGACUCGCCUAAGUCCUCUGUGGGGGCCAAGGCUAGUCCUCUCCGUCCUACCAGGCAGUCUUCUGCUUCGGCAUCUGGAUCGGACUGUGAAGAUGGUGGACUAUGGUUGGACCGACAUACGUACCAUUCAAUCUGCCAAGAUAUUGUCAAUCAUAAAACAAUGCUUUUGAAGUUGCUUCGACACCUGCAAAAGCCAAUUCAGAAUGAAGAGAACGGUUUGAUGAGGGCUGAAACUCUCAACCCAUUCGACACUCAAUUGAAGAAUGGUCUCUUCUAUAAUUUGGCAAGUACUGAUGUUCCUGUUGGUGAGACUGAUGAAACAAAUCGAUCUCCCCAAGAGGAACUGGCUGAUUUGAGGCGGCAGGUGGUUUUCCUCCAGCAGCAGCUAGAAGAUAAAGAACGAACCAUCCAGCUGCUUCAGGUGCAGAUGACGAAGUACACGGACAAAGCACGUGAGAACAAUGUGCACACAGACCAGGCAGAAACUAUCAACGCUGCCACACAGACUGAGAGAUUGAGACCAGUCUCUGCUGGGCCUUCGUUGCUGCAGUCCCUCCCAUCAGACUCUGCAAAUGGGCCAUUGGUCAGUUCGAGUGAAGUGUGGCUACGGAGAGCUUCGACUGCGACCCGGCUGCCAGCACCUUCACCUACCGUCGCAAGGUUACCGAAGCGUGGAACAGCUGCCACAGUGCAGUCAAACUCUGCGCAGCUCCCAGUUCAUAGCCACACACCGUCCUCUGGCAUCCCAACGAGAAGGCCUCAGCAGCUUCCUGUCGUGACUACAAAGACUAGCUGACAAAGAGCACAGUAAAAACCUUCUACAAAUGUGCAAUAUUUUUCAAAGGUGCGCUAUUGACCCUCUCCACCUCCUUGAAAUGUGACUCCCCCAUUCUAGAAAUC